CGUGUUCUGCUGAAGCUCUGUGGCUCAAGAGAGUGUAGAAAACCACUCAGCAUGUCAUUCAUAAAGCCACUAAAGAGGAAGAAGGACCUGCAGAAGAAACACAUACUGUAGUGUGACUGGACAAAGUCUUCUUGUGAGGAUCUUAAAUCAGCAACAGCUUCAGUGAUGAGGACACAAUCAGUGCUGAUCUCCGCAGCAGUUUUGGUGCUGCUGCUCGGCCCGCUAAGAAGCACAGAUGCUGCCACAUAUCAGGGCGCGUUCCCACACCCAAACAAAUACAACCCAAGCGAAUCGGAUAGAUGCCAGCAACCGGCCAUCAGUGGAUUCAUUUCCCGCGGGAUGGGACCUGUAACCUCUACCGACGAAGUGCUGGAAUCCAGUCAGGAGGCGCUGCACGUCACGGAGCGUCGGUACCUGCGGCUGGAUUGGUGCAAGACGCAGCCGCUAAAGCAGACCAUCCAGGAGGAGGGCUGCCUGAGCCGCACCAUCAUCAACCGGUUUUGCUACGGACAGUGCAACUCCUUCUACAUCCCGAGGCAUGAUUACCAGGACGGAGACGCCUUUCAGUCCUGCUCUGCCUGCAAACCCAAAACCUUCAGCACCGUCACGUACACCCUCUUCUGCCCUGGUCAGACACCCAGCACGAGGAAGAAACGGAUCCAGCGCGUCAAGCAGUGUCGCUGCACAACAAUAGAUACGGAUUAGACGCAAACCGACUCAUCCAGGUUGAUAAUAUCCGCGUUCAAUUGGAAGACAAGUGCAGUUUUGCAAACAUAAAAAAACGGAAAGUGUAUUUUUCUUAAAGGACACUUUAGAAGUAAGUGUGACUGGGAAGGCGAUGCACUUACCUGAGUUAUUUUUUAUCAUUGUAUUGGAGAGAAGAUGCUGAUAGACUAUGCAUGAGUGGUUGGUUCAGGUGCUCUUUUCCCUCUAAAAUGAUAGUAUGAGCUGCAAUUAAUAAUUCAUCACUGUCCAAAUAUCUUGCAGUUAUCAGUUAUCAUUGCUUCCACAAAGUCGUUUUUUUGUUUUAACAGAUUAAGUGGAUGUGUCAAAUAGUUUUAGGUGCAAGGACAUGGCCAAAGUUUAAGGUUUAGUUAAGAAGUGAACUGAUGGCCUAAAACAGUGUUUAAGUUGAAGGCAGGCAGAUAGAUGUGCAGCAUCUUCUCAGAAUAUAAGUACAAAGACAAGUCUAUGAAGGACUUGGAUGGUUGUAUUGUUUCCACUGUGUGGGAUGUAAAGCUGAUCAUAUAGAGGCUUUUUUUCUUUUCAACCUGCACUGCUAACCGUCACUUCAUUGUUUGACUGUGUAUAAUAUGUGUAUCAUGUAUUGUAAAGUUGCUUGUGAAUAAAAAAAAAAGCUAUGAAAUCACAUACUUUCUGAUCAGUGAUUUUAUUCAUCAAAAAACAUAUUCUAAGAAUAUUAAGAUGUCAAAAUCAAAGCAAAUCAUUUGUUCAUAACAAGAAUAUUAAUACAGCACUGAUAAUAUUAUUAUUAUGAUAAAUAUUGUACAUUUAUUACAUUUGUUAUCUUUAAAAUCUCAGCACAUUAGAGCAAAUU